AUGAGGUUCAAGAUAUGGAGACUGGCUGCACCUGAGCCACGCAACAUCGUUGUCGGAGUCAAGUACCGCCCCGCCUUGUUCGGCGAACAACUGAACACCUACGCCUCCACAUCAUGGCACACCACCGGAAUGAGUCCAAUUCCCAAUACCCUCCAUGUCAACCGCGAAUCUCGCCGUCUCACACUAGAGAGCUACACCCUAGUAUUGGGUACGAGUACCCUCCCUCCAAGUGUAUCCUCUGAAUCCUUUGGGAGAAUCUAUGUCAAUUGGUACCGUGACACCAUCUCUCCGAUAGGCAUGAGCAAACUCCAAACUAAUCCGAUCCCUGGAUUAUUCGAGCAGGCGAGAAUUCAGAACAUCGCUUUGAAUGUUCGCGAACUGCUCAGUCCCAUCAGGGAACUACGCUCAGACGGAUGUUUAAACAUGCACUCGUUGUUUGAGCUUCCCAAUCUAGAGGAAAUCAUAUUCUAUUAUUCCGAUCGGCCAAGCGACGUUGUAGAAAGCACUCGGAGUUUCUGCUUGGAGUUCGAGUAUCUUGAUGAAAAUUUUAUUGUCAAGGAUCUCUGCAAGAUGCCGUUGAGCGAGCGCCCGUCUCUGUCGUACCUGUUAGCUGCGAGGAAGACUGUUCACAAGGACUACGAUGUCUUGGUUCAGAAGCGGAAGGUCCGAGAUAAUCUAGAGAGGAUGGGGGAGGAGGUUCCAGUCGAGCUACGAAACAAGGAGAUUGACGGAAUCUUGGAAAGGAAACGACCUACCGUGAAGCUGGCAUAUUUGGCUGUGAAUUGCAGGUCCAGUCACUGA